GGCACCUGGAGUACUGGGACCACCAAUACUCAAGGUACAUAUGCGACAAAUGCGACAAGCUGGCAAGGCAUCACGGCAAAGGAGAAUUAUGAGGGAUCUUCAUGGCACACUUGGCAGUCACUUUACGAGAGCCCUAGGACUGACAUGUCAAAGGGCUAUGAAGGCUAUGACUAUUACAAUACCCAAACCACCGCUGCUAAUACAGCGGCCACGUACAACUAUGCUGCAGCAGCUGCUGCCACCUCCAGUUCUUGGGAAACUCCCAAAACUUCUGAUAUGAGCAUGAACGCUGAUGUCAACACCAACAUGCCCGUCGCGUCGUACAGCACCGAAACUGGGGCAAACGAGAACUCAGAUUCCAUCAUAGCCAAAAUUAACCAGCGUUUAGAUAUGCUGUCAAAGGAGGGCAGCGGUGGAACAGGCGAAGGCAUGGAAGACCAGGAGAGCUCUUUCAGAUUUGAGUCUUUUGAAUCGUAUGACUCGAGGUCUUCAAUGAACGACCGUGACAUGUACAGAUCUGGCUACGAUUACGGAGAAGUGGGAACUGAUCGGAACGAUUCCUUUGGGAGCCAGUUUGACAGCCGCAGGGAUCAGCCUCGCAACCGAGGAAACAACUAUGGCCUCAUCAGAGGAAGAGGGCAAAACCGUGUUCAGAAUCGGGGGCGUCUUAAUGCUUUCAAUCGCUCUGACCACUUCAUGCCCUCCUCAAGUACAGAGCGCCUGUCGGCUCGCUGGAAUGAGUUGAACUACAUGGGUGGGCGUGGGAUGGGUGGUCCCGGUCCCAACAGGCUCCCUUCUCUCUUCUCCCAAGCCCUUGUCCCCGACUACGGCGACUAUGGAGAUUAUGGUGAUUAUGGUGACUACGGCGACUAUGGAGAUUAUGGCGAUUAUGGCGACUACGGCGACUAUGGGGACUAUGGAGACUAUGACUAUGGCAUGAUGGGGAUGUCGGGCAUGGGAAUGGGACGGUAUGGUAAUAUGCCGUAUGGAAUGGGGAGGCAACGAAACAGAGACAGAGUGAGUACAGUGCCGUGGCACCUGAAUACUCUCAUGCCCAAGAGGAGAGGUUUCCGCAACCGUUCAGGAGGGCGAUCAGAUAGUGAAGGAGGCGGACGCAAGCGAAAACAGUCCCAAAGCGGAGAUGAGCCAGACAGCAAACAGGCAAAGACUGACAGCGAAGGAGACGACACUGAGAAUGAUGAGGGCGAAGGAGAGGAAAAAUCAGGAGAUGAAGCUGACAAAGCAUCUGGAGAUGGCUGUGAAGAUGAUGAUGAGGAGGUGAAAAAGAAGAGGGAGAAGCAGCGGAGAAGAGAUAGGAUGCGUGACCGAGCAAUGGACAGAAUCCAGUUUGCCUGUUCUGUGUGCAAGUUCCGCAGUUUUGAGGAAGAUGAAAUCCAGAAACAUCUACAGAGCAAGUUUCACAAAGAGACCUUGCGAUACAUUGGUACCAAACUUCCAGACAAAACUGUUGAGUUUCUGCAGGAGUACAUCGUGAACAGGAAUAAGAAAAUCGAGAAGCGUCGUCAGGAGCUGACUGAGAAAGAGGGCACAAAACAGAAGCCAGAUCCAUUUAAGGGUAUUGGCCAGGAACACUUCUUCAAGAAGAUUGAGGCAGCUCACUGUAUGGCUUGUGACAUGUUAAUUCCCGCACAGAACCACCUUCUCCAGAGGCAUCUGCGAUCUGCAGAUCACAACCGAAACCGCAGAAUGGCUGCGGAGCAGUUCAAGAAGACUAGCUUGCACGUCGCCAAGAGCGUCCUCAAUAACAAACACAUUGUCAAGAUGUUAGAGAAGUACCUCAAGGGCGAAGAUCCGUUUACGGACGAAAUUGCUGACCAGGAUGUGGAUGAAGCGGAGGCCUUGGAAGGUGGCGAUGGAGGUGGGGAAGGAGCAAACGAAAACGCUACUGCAGAGACUGCCCAGACGGAGGAAGGAGGCAUUGGGGACCCAGGUGAAGCUACGGAUGUGGCUAAAGCAGGAGAAGAAACGGAAGGUGCUUCAGAAGAAUUGUCUAAAAACGAGGAGUUUCUUAAACACGUGGGGGAACAAGAUCACCCGAAACAGCUGCUGAUGCCUCCUUUCCUGCAAGAUGAAGACCAACUCGAAGCAGAGGACGCAGCAGAGGAUGCGACGGCCGAAGCAACUUCGGAAGCCGAAGCAACUUCGGAAGCUGAAGCAGUGGCAGAG